UUGUCAUAUAGUAAUAAUUUUAGAAAGUUAUAAUAAUAAAGUUCUGUAAUGGAUAAGAAUUUGUUAGAUAAAAAUCAGGACGAUCUGGAAGAUAAAAUGGCGAGUCCUAAAAGACGGCGCAAGAAAAGAAAGAAGAGACAGAAAGACUUGUUCAGUAUUCCAGGUGUAAGAAAAAUUGUAAUGUCGGAAUUGACUCAAAAAAUUAUAGAAUGUGUAGUCGGAGAGCAUGUAACUUCCGAAAACCCAUGGAAAUUUGUUAAGAAAGAACUUGUUCAGGAUAAUUUGGAAUUACAUGAAGAAAGUUCGGAGUUUCUGCCAGUUAGAAGAGAAAUUUCAGUAUUUCCUAGGCCGGAGAUUCUAAUAGGAUAUAUUGCGGAUGAGACAAAAGAUACAGCAGAUGAAUUUUACAUUUGCGUAACAGAAGAAGCUACAGAUAUCGUACAUGCUAUCAUAGAAAAAAUAAAACAAGAUCAAGAAGAGCGACUGUAUUACCAACUUUAUAAAGACAUUCAUGGCUGGAAUGCGAUGGGGACCGAAGAGGAAGUUGAGGAAAUGAUAAUAAAAAAUACCCGUCCACUCAUAGAAGUCGAAGUUGAAACUCGCUACCCGAUAUUUCCGGGCAAAGUGCAGUUUAGAUUAGUAAAAGCCCAAGAUAAAAGAGAUGGCUACAUGGAGUUAAAAAGCACAGAGGAAAGUUCGGCUAAUAUCUACAUGAGAAGGAUUGAUUCGUCGAUUCAAGCGGCACCCACUUUAAUAUCCAGAGACGCUCAAACAAUAUGUACAUAUCCAAGAAACUCUUCUACACAAUAUUUGUACGAAAUCGAGAAACAAGAAAUGCCUGUGGAGUGUGAAUAUCAGAUAAUGAAAUAUGCCAAUGAAAAUUUUGAAAAUUUAUCGGAUCUACUAAAAGUAAACGGAGUUAUAAAUUUUUACGCUGACGAUUUUGAUAGUCUCGUAAGGGAAUAUUCAACCCAGCGAAGCAAAGCUCUUUUUAAAGACUACGAAGAAUACAUGUUCUUUAUGGACGUCGAUUUGUGCAAAGGGAAAAUGAUAUCUGACAUUUACUGGCAUCCAAUGUGGACUGGAAUAGUAGCCAUAUCUUAUGCUGAUAUGGCCUCUAAUAUAUACAACACGGGACAAAAUAUAGGUGAUGAGGUACACGAGGCAGUUCAUGGAACAAAUCCUGUAUUAAUCUGGAGUUUUAAAGAUUGUUUAAAACCUAAAUUAAUUCUUGAAUCGCCAAGAGAAGUUCGGUUUUUAAGUUUUUGUAGAUUUGAUGAAAAUAUAUUGAUUGGAGGUUGCAAAAAUGGCCAGUUAGUAAUUUGGGACAUUCGUAAUAAACUUCAAAAAGUCGAGGAGAAAGAGGUUUUAACAACAGCACAACAAAAGUAUCGUAAUUACAUGCAUUCCUUGAUGAAAUGGAUGAAAAAUAUUUAUGAUGUCUCUGUAAUAAGACCAACUGCAGUUUCUAAUCUUCGUUAUUCCCACAAAUUAGCUGUGACAGGUUUGACGUGGAUGGAUCCAUUUUUCGAGAUUUCAAAAACGGGCAACAUAUUAGAGGCAGAAGAAAAGGAUGGUGUAGUCAAUCAUUCCAUGCAGAUCAUCAGUUCUAGUUUAGAUGGUUCGAUAUGCGUUUGGGAUUUAAAGAAAAAGCCAACAAUCGAGGCAGGCAGUUAUAAACCGAAACGACUUAAAAGACUUAAGAAAAUACCUAGUGCUUUACAGUUUGACGAGUCUCCUUUUCGGGCGCUCCAUUUAAAUUUAAAACCGAUAUAUAAAAUUAAUGUAAAUAAACAAGAGGGAAAAGGCUCGGGAAAAAGUAAGCCAGCAAUGAUAACAAGAUGUUCAUCUUCAUUUUGUCAGUUGAAAUACGAGGAAGCAAAUCCGAAAUCGGAAAAAGGGAAAAAGGUCAACUUUAGGGAACGUGUGAUUUACAAACCAAUCUGGAAAUGCAAUAAAACAUUGAAUGACAUUCACCAAAAGAUCCACAUUGGAACAGUGGAAGGAAAUGUUGCCCAAGUUAUAUGGGAGGGUCAAGAUUUUGAUUCCGGCGAAACAGUAAAUUCAGAACAAGCUAAAUUCGGCUUUGACACAAGAUUUCACGACGGACCAAUAAAUUGGAUAGAAACAUCUUCAGCGCUGAACCUCACUUUAUCUGUUGGUGGUAAAAUAUUUGCAUUGUGGCGUACGGGUAUAUCCGAUAAGCCUAUAUUAUGGCGGAGGUCUCGCCAAAUGUAUACCAAAGGUCAAUUUAACUUCUUUCAGCCUUUUAUAAUCAUAUUGCUAACCAAUAGUGGAGUGCUGGAGAAAUGGGUUAUAUCACUAAACAGUAAAGAACCGAUGUUCAAAGAAGUUAUGUCUAACAGCUUUUUUACUGCUUCCGGUGUGCACCCGUUUCAACUUAAGAAAAAUAUAGUCGGAUUGGCAGACGAACAAGGUGCCCUUCGAUUAUUUACUAUACCACCAGCGAACGUUGCGCUCUCCGACGAAGUGACAAACCAUAUGAAAAAUUUUGUAGCAAGAGAAAUAAAGAGAAAGAAACUAUUUUAUAAGUGGCAGGAUGAAUUUAACACAAAACAUGAAAAUAUCUUGAAAAUGAAACAGGAAACGGAAAAGAGAGAAAGGGACGAAGAAAAUGAAAAGAAUUUAGAAAAGCAAGAUGACAAGGAUACGGACAAAGAUGAUAAGACAGGUCCCCAGCCAGGUAAAUAUAUCGAGUGGGUCAUUAAACAACGGCAAUUAAGCGAAGAAGCAAGAAUCAGAGCUAUGGUAAUAAAUAAGAAGCAACUGGAUACGAAAGAUUUAGAAAAAAGACGAAAACCGUUGCAAAAGCUUGAUGAAGAAAAUGAAAGAAAGAAGAGGAAACAAAAACAGAGGUUGAAAGAAGGUGAAAAUAUUUUUCACGAUACAGUUGCAAGCUUAUUUCCCGAUGUACUAAAAGAAAAACCAAUCCCACCUCCAGACCCUUACACAACAAAAUAUCUCACUAAAGAAAAACAAAAGUGCUUUGAAAAUUUCGAGGACCUAGCCGAAGAUGCAGAUGACUUUAUUUCAACCAAUCCAUAUCUAUACGAUUUCAGUUAUAAGAAUUUACUUGUAGGAAAUAAACAAAAGUUUCAACAAGAUUUGAACAAUAUACACAAGGAACGUUACGAUAGAGAAAAACAAUUUAGAGUUGGUGCAAGUCUUUUACAUACCCAAGACAAAAGCGGUGGAAGCAAAACGUUUCUGAAAGAGAAAGGAGGCAUAGAAGAGCUUGAGAAUCUAGAAGAUGAUGUUGAAAUAGCUGUUGAAGACUAUAAUUAGACUUUAACAUUUGUUAGACAUCAAAAUUUAUGAAAAUUAUGUUCUUUAAAAAAUAAGUUUUUUGGUAAUUAAUGAUAUAUGUUAAUUU